AUGGAUAGAAGAAAAUUAGUUGUGAUUCAAUCUUUUUGUUGGGGCUUUAUGUUUAUCUUUUUUAUGUACAUGUAUGUAGCGUGGCAAAGGAAAAAUGAAAGACGUGUUAGGAAUAGAAUAACUAGGAAUACCGACUUGCGUACAUCUUUUAUAGAUAGUUUGUUGGACAAUGAUGUCACUUGUAUUAGUCAAUUGAGGAUGGAUAGGAGAACAUUUGUUAUUUUAUGUCGGUUAUUACGCCAAGAUGGAUAUGUGAAAAGAGAUGGUACUGUUACAUUGGAAGAGCAAGUGUGCAUAUUUUUGCACAUAAUUGCUCAUCAUACAAAAAACCGUACAAUUAUCAGUCGAUUCUAUAGAUCAGGGGAGACAAUUAGUAGAUAUUUCAAUUCAGUAUUGAAUGGGGUGUUGCGCUUACAUUCCAUUUUGUUGAGGCAUCCUGAACCUGUGUCAGAUAAUUGCUCGGAUGAUAGAUGGAAAAUGUUUAAGAAUUGUUUGGGAGCAUUAGAUGGAACUUAUAUUAAGGUGAAAGUACCUGAAAUCGAUAAGCCAAGAUAUCGAACAAGAAAGGGUGAGAUCGCAACAAAUGUCUUAGGUGUAUGUAACCCGAAUAUGGAAUUUAUAUUUGUAUUACCGGGUUGGGAAGGCUCCGCUUCAGAUUCCAGAGUACUUAGAGAUGCAAUAAGUAGGCCAAAUGGACUAAGAGUACCAACCGGUAAGACCAAUCCUUAA